UCCUGUCCUCCCGCGGGUCCGAGGGCGCCGGAAACCCAGCGGCGGCGAAGCGGAGAGGAUUCCCGCGCGUCCCGGCUCGCACGGCUCUGGGUCCGGGGUCUGCGCUGGAGCCGCACGGGGAGAGGCCUUCUCUGCGCCCGCCGCGCCCGCUCCGACCGUCCGAGUCCGCGGCCAGCCGGGCCACCAGCCAUGGGCUCCCGCCCGCUCUCGCCGCCCCGGGCGCCGUCGCCGCGGCUGCCGCUGCUGUCUCUGCUGCUGCUUCUUCCAGUGGCCAGGGCCUCGGAGGCUGAGCACCGUCUCUUUGAGCGGCUGUUUGAAGAUGACAGUGAGAUCAUCCGGCCUGUGGCCAACGUGUCUGACCCGGUCAUCAUCCAUUUCGAGGUGUCCAUGUCUCAGCUGGUGAAGGUGGAUGAAGUAAACCAGAUCAUGGAGACCAACCUGUGGCUCAAGCAAAUCUGGAAUGACUACAAGCUGCAGUGGAACCCCUCGGACUAUGGGCGGGCAGAGUUCAUGUGUGUUCCUGCCCAGAAGAUCUGGAAGCCCGACAUUGUGCUGUAUAACAAUGCCAUUGGGGAUUUCCAGGUGGACGACAAGACCAAAGACUUACUCAAGUACACUGGGGAGGUGACGUGGAUACCUCCAGCCAUCUUCAAGAGCUCAUGCAAAAUUGACAUGAUCUACUUCCCGUUUGAUUACCAAAACUGCACCGUGAAGUUUGGUUCCUGGUCCUGCGACAAGGCAAAAAUCGAUCUGGUCCUGAUCAGCUCCUCCAUGAACCUCAAGGACUACUGGGAGAGUGGCGAGUGGGCCAUCAUCAAAGCCCCGGGCUACAAGCACGACGUCAAGUACAACUGCUGCAAGGAGAUCUACCCCGACAUCACGUACUCGCUGAACAUCCGGCGGCUGCCACUGUUCUACACCAUCGACCUCACCAUCCCCUGCCUGCUCAUCUUCCUUACGGUGCCCCUCUUCUACCUGCCCUCCAACUGCAGCGAGAAGGUGACCCUGUGCAUUUCCAUCCUCCUCUCCCUGACGGUAUUUCUCCUGGUCAUCACUGGGACCAUUCUCUCCACCUCGCUAGUCAUCCCCCUGAUUGGAGAGUACCUCCUGUUCACCAUGAUCUUCGUCACCUUGUCCAUCGUCAUCACCAUCUUUGUGCUCAGUGUGCUCUACAGAACCCUGACGACACACACGAUGCCCUCCUGGGUGAAGACCGUGUUCUUGAGGCUGCUCCCCAGGGUCAUGUUUAUGACCAGGCUGAGCAGCAACAAGGGCAGUGCUCAGAAGCUGAUGCCCCUCUAUGGCGCCGAGCUCUCAAAUCUGAAUUGCUUCAGCCAUGCAGAGGGCAAAGGCUGCAAGGACGGCUGCCCCUGCCAGGACGGGAUGUGCAGCUACUGCCGCCACCGCAGGAUGAAAAUCUCCAAUUUCAGUGCCAACCCGAGAAGCUCCAGUUCUGAAUUGGUGGAUGCUGUGCUGUCGCUCUCUGCUUUGUCACCAGAAAUCAAAGAAGCCAUCCAAAGUGUCAAGUAUAUUGCUGAAAAUAUGAAGGCACAAAACGAAGCCAAAAAGGUAAGGAUGUGGCUAUCAUUACACUGGCCAUUCAUUCAUCAUUCAGCAGACAUUCAUGGGUUCUUCGUGGGGCAAGGCUUAGGGUAGCGGUUAAGAAAUUAGACUCCAGGGUCAGUGGCCUGUGGUAAGACCAGUUAGAUGUCCUUGGGUAAGUUUCCUUGACUCUCUGAGCCUGUUUUCUCAUCUGUAAAAUGGGACGAUAAAGCUUAUAGUAUGUGGCACCCUGAAGCGGGCUGCACCAUGAAAACACCUGAUGCCAGGAGAGCAGAUUAGAGGCUGGUAAAGGGCAUGGGGCCAGAUGACCUCCAGUGAUUAUUGGUUAACUGAGGUUAGAGUUUUAUUUUUACUUUAUUUUUAUUUAUUUAUUUA